AGCUCUCAAGGACUAGCCCACACCCCAACAUAGAAAAAAAAAAAAAAAAAAGAAAAUAAAAGAAAAACCUCUCCAUUUCACUGACAUUUCGGACUCUACACAGUUUCACUGCAAAUGGGAGUCGAAAUCCAGGGCUUAGACACCUGCACCGCCGGAUGGACCGUAUCCGCCCGAUGCUGCGACUCCUGCAAGACGGCAACAGCUGCUGCGUUCUGCCGAGCUGACUCCGCUUUCCUUUGCCUCAAUUGUGACAGUAAGAUCCAUGCGGCGAAUAAGCUCGUGUCUAGACACGAGCGCGUGUGGAUGUGCGAGGUUUGCGAGCAAGCACCGGCCGCCGUCAACUGUAAGGCUGACGCUGCUUCUCUCUGCGUGACCUGCGAUGCGGAUAUCCACUCCGCUAACCCUCUUGCUCGCCGUCAUGAACGCGUCCCUGUCGAGCCUUUCUUCGACUCCGCUGAGUCCAUUGUUAAAUCUUCGCCGUUUAAUUUUCUAGUGCCUUGUGAUCAAAAUGGUGGCCCCACCGGUUACCACCUGCAUCAUGAGGAUGAUGUGGAGGGUUUUUCGUGGCUGUUGCCUAAUCCUACUACCCUGAGUUCCAAAUUAUGCAUGGAAAAUCCUGAAAUGAAGGCUGCCGGAGAUCUGAUUUUCCCUGAAACGGAUCCGUUUCUUGAUAUGGAGUUUCACCCGAGCCAUAGCGCUGCUACCGAUAGCGUGGUGCCUGUGCAGACCAAACCAGCUCCAAUUCCAGUCAUCAACAACGAAGUCUGCUACGACGUCGAUUUCUGUAGAUCAAAGCUCUCUUCCUUCAACUACACGACUCAGUCUCUUAGCCAAAGUAUUUCUUCGUCAUCGCUUGAUGUAGUAGUUCCAGAUGGGAAUUCUAUGUCCGAUAUAUCCUACCCAUUUGGCCGAAACUUGAAUACUGGUGCCGAUCCAAGCGCACCCAUAUCGACUUCUACCACAAAUCAGGCAGCGCAGAUGUGUGGGAUUGAUCGGGAAGCUAGGGUAUUGAGGUACAAAGAGAAAAGGAAGAAUCGGAAAUUCAAAAAGACCAUACGCUACGCUUCCCGCAAAGCAUAUGCCGAGACCAGACCGAGGAUCAAAGGCCGGUUCGCGAAACGAACUGAAAUUGAAUCCGAGAUGGACCGCCUAUACAACUCUCCCUCAUCGGUAUCUUUCAUGUCCGAUGGCCAAUACGGCGUCGUACCAUCUUUUUGAAAUAUGGAUUAGGGGGAACGAUCAUUAAUUAAUAUGAUUACGAGAAAUGAUUUGGCAAAGCAUAAAUAUUUGGUGUAUGAUAAGUAGAAAUUAGUAGAAUAAUCAUGUGGGGGUGUCAAUUAGUGUUGAUUAGGGAUGUCCGUCGGUGUAAAUUAGUAUGUUUUCUUCUCUGAAAUUUGCUAUCGAUCCAGAAAGCCCAUCCGGUUUUUCUCUCAGGGCUUCUGUAUUAGUUUAUCUUUUAAUAAAGAUUUUGCUCUUUUUGGCUUUUCCA